AUGGUUUCCGCAAUUUCCAAAAGUAUCAAGUUCAAUCCUCAAAGCGAGAAGCUUUUGACGCUAGCCGCAGGGUGCUUCUGGGGUGUGGAACACAUUUACAGAAAACAGUUUGGAUCCAGGAUUAAGGACUUUAGUGUUGGCUAUGCCAAUGGCGACGAGUCUCAAAAGGACGCAUCUGACUCGAUCUCUUACAAACGGGUAUGCAGUGGAGAAACCAACUUUGCUGAAGUUUUACAAAUUGCAUUUGACCCAAAAACUGUCUCUCUAAAAGAAUUGGUCGAUUUCUUCUUCCGGAUCCACGAUCCUACAACUUUAAACUCACAGGGCCCUGAUGUCGGCUCUCAGUACCGUAGUGCAAUCCUUACCCAUUCGCAAGAAGAUUUGGCCGAGUGCCGUGCAUUAAAGGAACAAUGGCAACCCAAGUGGGGAAACAAGAUCGCCACCGAGGUCUCUAUGUGCACUAAUUUCUACGAUGCGGAAGAAUAUCACAAACUGUACCUCGAAAAAAAUCCAAUGGGCUACGCGUGUCCUACUCAUUACGUGAGAAACUUGUAA